CCCAUCAUCACAGCACUAAGAAACUCGGACAGCGAGGGAGCAUCCGGCUUAAGACAGCUAACCAGCAGAGAGACACCCACCCAAGCGGCAGCAUGAAGAUAUUUGUGACGGUUCUGAUGGGCGCCAUGUGCCUGAGCCUCAGCCAGGCUGACAUCAGCUUGACCCAGGCGGGUUACAACUACCGCAUCCAACAGCAGCAGCAGCAACAGCAACCGCCCAUUGUGGCCCACCUGUUGAACCAGCAACUGCAGCAGCAGCAGCAGCUCCAGCCCCAGCAAUCCUCGCACCCGGUGCUUCCACCUCUCCCACUGCCCUACCUCCCGCCCGCUGGCCAGUUCCAUUCUGCCCAGCCUGCAGUUCGUCCCACAGCCGGAUCGUUUCCCAUGCCCGCCGGCUUCCCCGUCAAUUUCCAGACCGCUCCCAUCCAGCAGCAGCGACGCGCUCGUCCGCGUGUCAGGAUUCCCAAGCGUCCCAUUGUGACCAAAAACUUUUUCAUCCACUCGGCGCCCGAGGAGUCUGAGGAUGAGGUCCAGGACGAGCUGAACCAGUUGGCCCAGCAGCCCCGUAACCACUACAAUGUGCUGUUCGUCAAGACGCCGGCUCAGACCAAUCGCGCGGCGGCUCUUAACUUGGCCAAGACCCUUAAGCAGGAGAAGACCGUGGUCUAUGUGCUGGCCAAGAAGACGACCGCCUCCGAUCUGCAGGAUGCCAUUGCCGAGGCGCCACAGCACAUCAAUAAGCCGGAGGUGUUCUUCAUCAAGUACCGCACUCCAGAGGAAGCUCUGAAUGCCCAGCGGCAGAUUCAGUCACAGUACGAUACUUUGGGAGGAAGUUCGACCAUCACCGACGAGGGUGUGGCCCCCAUCACCUCGGUGGUGGGAUCCCUGGAUCCUCCAGAGGAGGAGGAGGAGGAACAGCAACAGCAGCAACAUUCAGAGGGACAAUUUGCGGAGAACGGUGCCGGAAACUCUGGCGUCGGUCCCAUCGGCAAUCAUUAUUUGCCCGCGAACCAGUUCUAAGUAUUCUUCAUUGCUCGUCACAUCCAGAUCUAGUUAGCUGUCAUCAACACCACUUAGGUUUAAGUGCUUGCCAAUGUUACCCAAAUCCGUAUUAAAAUAUAAUUGUU